AUGCAGUCUGGUCCUUUGAUGCUUGAUGACCGUCUGGCUCGCUCGGUCCAGGAGGCGACCGAAGCCUUGAAAGGCAAAAAGUUGUGGGAAGAGCGACGCACUGAGCUGGAGGUGAUGCAGACUCUGGAGGUCAGGCAGAUCUCGGAGCUGGGCAGAGGAGCCUUCGGCAGAGUGUUGGAGGUAUGCUCAGUAUGCUCAUCCGGUGUGUCCGGUGUGUCUUCCGCUCUGAAGAUCACAGUGGACAAUCCACUGGAGCUUGAGGCAGAGGUCUUGAAAGAGCUUAGCCUCCGAAGCUUGGAGGGAGUGCCGAGAUACUUUGGCCACGGAACCGGCUACAUCUGGAUGUCAGUGGAGAAGGGCAUGGAUCUGGCCAAAUGGCUCUACAAGAAGAGAUGGGGAACGUUCACCUCGGCGGCCUCAUUCAGCCUGGCCAGUGUCCUUCUCGAGCAAAUGCUGCCGGUCUUGGAGACUUUGGAGAAGAUUGCAUUCCAUCGAGACAUCUCCGCGAAGAACUUCCUCAUUGAUGAAAGCUCUGCUGGUUUCAAGUUCAAACUGCUGGACUUCGGCCUGGCAGUAGAUGCUAGAAACUGGCAGUCAGGCGGCUGGAAGGUGGAGGGAGUGGGUGGAAAUCCCCUCUACUUUCCGCCUGGGUCCUGGUUGGCAAUGGCGGGCGCGCUCAGCCAUGCCCCGGCAGCCAUCCAGGAUCAAUACGCUUGCCGCCUUGACCAUUAUGCCUUUGGCAUCUUGCUUUCUGAGGUGGUCUUCAUCACUUGGAUGGGCUCGAAGGAAUCGGACGCAGAAAAGUGCGACAGCCCAUUGAGGAAGACGUUUGAAGCCUACACAGAGUUCCAUCGCUUUUGGCAGAACUGCCACAGCGCCAUGGCUAAAGGCAAGGCCAUCGUGACCCAUCUCGCCGCAGAUCCGAAAAGAUGUCUCGAAAGCAUGCAACACGCGCUUCUCCGGUUGCUUUCCAGCUUAAAUGCGACCGAUGCUCCGCUGUUGAAGGUGAGUGCAAAGCUGAUCGCAGAGGACUCAAUCAUCUCGUGGCAGGAGCGAAUUUGGCAACGGAGAGUAGCCGAGAAAGAAGGGCACAUGGAGUUCAUGACAUUUGAGAGCUUCGACAAGAAGGAAGAUCUCCCGGGGAAAGGACUGGACGGAAAUCUCACGCUGCAGCACAGUGGCGAUGCCCAGCUCGCCGUGUCCGUCAGCAGCGUCAUCUUCGUGCUCGAAUCCUCAGUGAACUCCGGGCCGAGGUUCUUGGACACUUGCCUGCAAGAAGCGGCCGGGGAGCGCGGGCAUCGCAAACUGGAACAGUUCUGA